CGCGGGGCGGUGUCUCUCCGCGCUCCCCCCCGGCCAGGCCGCGCCCAGACGUCUCCCCUCCGCGUCCGCCUGCCGAGGGGCACCUGCUGCAGGUGAGCGAGGACAGUCUCCGGCCCGGCGAGCGCACGUCGCCCGCGGAGACGCCGGCGAUUCCGCGGAUUUGGGUCGUUACCCUGCGACGGUGCUUGCUGGACCCCGGCCGCUUCCUCCUCCUGCUUUUGGUGGCACGUUCUGGGGAGCACCUCGGAUCGCCAGAACCCUACAAAGAAAAAGGAGGAUCUCCGCUUUGACCCCGGGGCACCGGCGGAGGCUCCGAGCCAUGUGGACCUUCUUGGGCAUUGCCACUUUCACGUACUUUUACAAGAAAUGCGGAGACUUCGUGUCUUUCGCCAACAAGGAGCUGCUGCUGUGCGUGCUGGUGUUCCUGUCCCUGGGCCUGGUGCUCUCCUACCGCUGCCGCUACCGGAGCGGGGCCCUCCUGGGGCGCCAGCGGAGCGGCUCCCAGUUCGCGCUCUUCUCAGAUAUUCUGUCGGCCUUGCCUUUCAUUGGCUUCUUCUGGGCCAAGUCACCCCCGGGAUCAGAGGAUAAAGAGCAGCCUGCGUCUAGGAGGCACAAAAAAGGAACCAGUAUUUCAGAAACAACCUUAAUAGGAGCAGCUGCCUCUUCAAUACCUUCUCAAAAUGACCCAGAAGUUAUCAUUGUGGGAUCUGGUGUACUUGGCUCUGCUUUGGCAGCCGUGCUUUCCAGAGAUGGAAGAAAAGUGACAGUGAUUGAGAGAGAUUUAAAGGAGCCCGACCGGAUAGUUGGAGAAUUUCUGCAGCCAGGUGGUUACCGUGUCCUUGAAGACCUGGGUCUUAAAGAUGCAGUGGAAGAUAUUGAUGCCCAGGUGGUAGAUGGCUACAUAAUCCAUGAUCAGGAUAGCAAAUCAGAGGUUCAGAUUCCUUACCCUGUGUCAGAAAACAGUCAGGUGCGGAGUGGAAGAGCUUUCCAUCAUGGAAGAUUCAUCAUGGGUCUCCGGAAAGCAGCUAUGGCAGAGCCCAAUACAAAGUUCAUUGAAGGCAUCGUGCUACAAUUAUUGGAAGAAGAUGAUGCUGUGAUGGGAGUUCAAUACAGGGAUAAAGAAACCGGGGACGUCAAGGAACUCCAUGCUCCAUUGACUGUUGUUGCAGAUGGACUUUUUUCCAAGUUCAGGAAAAACCUGAUCUCCAAUAAAGUUUCGGUUUCGUCUCAUUUUGUUGGCUUUCUCAUGAAGAAUGCACCACAGUUUAAGGCAAAUCAUGCUGAACUUAUUUUGACUAAUCCGAGUCCAGUUCUCAUCUAUCAGAUUUCAUCUAAUGAAACUCGAGUACUUGUUGACAUCCGAGGAGAAAUGCCCAGGAACUUAAGAGAAUACAUGGCUGAAAAAAUUUACCCACAAUUACCUGAUCACCUCAAAGAACCGUUCCUGGAAGCCAUUCAGAAUUCUCGUUUGAGAUCUAUGCCAGCAAGUUUUCUUCCUUCUUCACCAGUGAACAAACGAGGUGUUCUUCUUUUGGGAGAUGCUUAUAAUAUGAGGCAUCCUCUUACCGGAGGAGGAAUGACUGUUGUUUUUAAAGAUCUAAAACUAUGGAGAAAAUUGCUAAAGAGUAUCCCUGACCUUUAUGACGAUGCAGCUGUUUUCCAGGCCAAAAAAUCAUUCUAUUGGGAGAGGAAAACAUCUCAUUCCUUUGUUGUGAAUAUCCUUGCUCAGGCUCUUUAUGAAUUAUUUUCUGCCAAGGAUGAUUCCCUACAUCAACUAAGAAAAGCCUGUUUUCUUUAUUUCAAACUUGGUGGCGAAUGUGUUGCUGGUCCUGUUGGGCUGCUUUCUGUCCUGUCUCCUAACCCUCUCAUUUUAAUCGGACACUUCUUUGCUGUGGCCCUCUAUGCCACAUAUUUCUGCUUUAAAUCGGAACCUUGGAUUACAAAACCCCGAGCCAUUUUCAGUAGUGGUGCUGUAUUGUACAAAGCAUGUUCUGUAAUCUUUCCUCUGAUUUACUCGGAAAUUAAGUACCUGGUCAAUUAAGCUUACAGGGGAACCAUUUGCAAAUGAAUAUUUUGAACUCGCCAAGUCCUAAGAGACUUUUGGAAGAGGAUGUACAUAGCAUAGAACUAUCCCACUUCUAAAGUGGAAACUCUCGGACCAAGAUUGGGGUUAAUUUGUUUUUGAAGUUUUUUGUAUAUAAACAUGUAAAUACAUACUUUGCAAUUUAAAAUGAAGGGUAAAAUAGACACUUAAAUGAUUGUUAUCCUAGAUUAGUGCUAACACUGAGGAAUUACAGUUUUUCUUUUGAAUUUAGUAGCUGGGAGGAGUCAUUGUGGGACUUACAAAUAAAGUGAAGAAUGAACUCUCA